AUGGCGCAGCUACUUAAGGCGUGGCUGAUCGACGAUGUCGGCAUGCAUCUGGACGAGGAUGUGUCCGUGGAGAAGGAGUUCGCCACGGGCUACCUCCUCGGCGAGCUGCUCGCGCGGCUCGACCUGCAGCCGGACUUCGAGAAGUUCGACCCCGCGGAGACGCCGGAUGCACGCAUCAACAACUUCAACCGCCUGCAAAAGUCCCUGAAGACGCUGGGCAUCUCGAUGGACUCGCGGAAGGCCAACGCGAUCAUGACGGAGGAGAAGGGCUUCGUGAUGCGCCUGCUGUACCAGAUCAAGAGCAAGGUGGCCUCGCUGCACAAGGGGCUGAACGCGACGACGGGCGCGACGGGGCGCACCGCGGGCGGCGCCGCGGGGGGCGCGAGGCCGACGUACGGGCUGCUCGAGAAACAGAGCCACCGGUCGCAGCACGCUGCGUACCGUAGGAGCCAGGCGGACCAGCUCGACCGCACGCUCCGGCGCACCGCGGGCAAUCCGAAGGUCCUCAUGCAGGGCCUGCAUCUGCAGCGGUUCCAGCGGAUGCAGCAGAAGCUCGAGACGCACGCCGCGGAGGCGACCGAGGCCGACCGGCGCGCGCAGGCCGACGCGAAGCGCGAGCUGCGCGAGUCCCUGGUCGGCACGUUGCGCAAGAAGCGCGAGGAGGGCGCGAAGCUGCUCGAGACGCAGCACCGCGAGCACAAGCAGGCCGUGGACCGGCGGCGCGCCUACUUCCGAGACGACCUCCGCGUGGAGGUGUCGCUCGCGGAGAAGCGCGGGCGCAUCAUGGACGAGCGCCACGAGCGCGAGGGCCAGGAGGCGGAGUCCGGGAUCGACAUGUUCGAGGGGAACCUGCGGCGGAUGGGCGCGGACGGGAGCACGGGCACCGAGGGCGCGGUGACGGGCGACACGCACCACGCGACGCCGCUGGACACGAUGCGGAAGAUCGUGGAGAUCGUCCCGCGCCGCCAGGCGCUCCUGGACGCCACGGAGGGCUACGUGCGGCAGCUCAAGGCCAAGCGCGCCGACGACAUCCUGGUGCGGAGGGAGCGGGAGGCCCGGCGGCGGCGCAUGGUGGUCGAGCAGGUGUCGGCGGCCGCGGAGAUGGACCGGCGGACGCGGCAGGAGGCGCUGAUGGAGCUGCUGCGGCGGCAGUCGCGGGCGGAGGAGAAGGUGGCGGAGCGGGUGUGGCGGGUGAGGCAGGAGGAGCAGGUGAUGGUCGAGAACCGCGCGCUGCGCGAGAAGCAGUACCGGGAGCGCCGGGAGCGCGACUGGUCGGAGGCGAUCGAGCGGGAGGUCGCGGCGAUGAAGGCGGUGGGGGAGUCGGUGGCGCGGCUGUCGGCGGCGGAGCUGGCGGCGCUGCAGGCGGAGCGCGCGCGCGUGGAGGCGGCGCGCAAGGCCGCGGUGCUCGAGGAGUGCACGCGGUGCGCGUGGGGCCUCGUGGGCAUCGCGGAGCGCUGCGCGAACUACCGCGAGCACAUGGAGGUGAACGCGCCGCGCAAGGAGCACCGCGAGUGGGUGUCGAUGUUCACGAGCGACGACCCUGCGCUGGUGGACGGGAUCAUUCCGGAUCCGGAGGAGCACGAGCCGGAGCCGGAGCCCAAGGCGUCGGUCCUCGCCACGGCGGCGGUGCAGCUGUACCUGAGCAAGCAGGGGGAGUGGCAGCGCGGGGACGCGACGGCGCGGGCCAGCGCGGCGGAGACGGGCUCCGUGCGCGCGGAGGAGCCGUCGGGCGCGGAGGCCGAGGGCGCCGCGGAGCCCCCGCGGACGCUGGCGGGGGUGUUGCACGAGCUCCUCGAGGGGAGUGUUGCGGCGGACGCGCCCCCGCUCCCGACGCCGCCCGACCUGACGACGAUGCCCGUCAAGCUCGCGGUCGUCGGCGCGCCCUUCUCCGGCAAGUCGACCAUCGCGCGCGAGAUCGCCGUGGAGCACCAGCUCGCGGUCAUCACCCCGGAGGACGUCGUCGAGGCCGCGCUGGCCGCCGCGGAGGCCUACGUGCCGCCGAGUGCGGUGGGGGACGGCAGCGACGCCGCAGCGGAGCCCGAGGCCUCGGGCGACGCGGCAGCGCCAGAGGGCGACGGUACCGAGGAGGGCGGCGCAGCGGAGGGCGACGGUGCCGAGGAGGGCGGGGAGGCGUCGGGCGCGGAGGAGUCCGCGGCGCGUGCGGAGCCGGAGGCGCCGGAGGUAGUGCGGCUCGGGCGGGAGUGCCGUGCGGCGCUUGACGCCGGCGAGGCGGUGCCGGACGCCGUUCUGUGUCGCCUUGUGGCGCUGGAGAUUGCGGCGCUGAGCGACCGGCUGCGGGAGUCGAAGGCGGAGAACGAGGCGCCGGAGAGCGAGGCGCCGGCGCCGAAGACCAAGGGCAAGAAGAAGGAGGACAAGGCCGGGAAGGCGAAGCCCGCGAAGGGCGGCAAGGGCGGCGCGGAGGCGGCGGAGCUGCCGGAGCCCGCGAACGGGUUCGUGCUGGACGGGUUCCCGCAGACGGAGCGGCAGGCGCGGCUGCUGGAGCGGAGUCUGACGCAGCUGGACAUGGAGGCCGAGGCGAUCGUGCGGGAGCGGCGGAGCGUGGUGGUUCCGCCGCCGCCGCCGGCUGCGCGCAGCACGCGCCGCCUGCUGCACUCCGGGCUCGACGGCGUGCUUCUGCUCGGGAUGGUCUCCGAGGAGGAGGCGAUCAAGCGCGCGCAGGGCCGCCGCGUGGAUCCGGAGACCGGCGCGGUGUACCACGUGGAGGCGCGCCCGCCACCGACGAACAACCCGGGCCUCGUCGCGCGGCUGGUGGGCGCCGACGACCCGUCCAACUCGGAGCAGCAGAUCCAGGCGCGGAUCGAGGCGUUCCUCGCGGACCGCGGCCCCCUCGUCGACUGGUUCUCCCGCUUCGAAAAGCUCUUGCACGACGUUGAUUCCGAGCUGACGCUAGACGACGAGGUUGCGGCGGGCAAGGAGGCGGCGGGGCGGAUCCGGGGCGCGCAGACGGCGGCGGGCGAGGUCGCGAAGGCGAUCCGGAGUGCGGAGAAGGCGGUCGAGGCGGCGCGGGCUGCGGAGGCGGAGGGCGUGCGGGCGGCGGAGGCGGCGAAAGCGGCCGCGAAGGCGCUGUUCGCUGCGAAGCGGGCCGAGGUCGAGGCCGCGCAGCUGCUCGCGGGCGUGACGCCGCAGGCGGCCGGCGGCGCCGCUGCGAAGGGCGGGAAGGGCGGAAAGGGCGGGAAGGGGGCCCCACCGCCGCCGGUGCCCGCAGAGGACCUCCCGAAGGGGGGGCUGAGCGCGCAGGAGAUGCUGAACCAGAACGCGUCGGAGGCGAUCGCGCAGAGCCUGGCGAACGCGGAGGCGGCGGCGAAGGAGGCGGAGGUGGCGGCGGCGCAGGCGCAGGCCGAGUGCGGGCACGCCAACGAGCACGUGGAGGCGUGCCGCGGGGCGCGGGCGGACGUGGACGCGUCGGUGCAGGCGCGCGAGGCCGCGGAGGCGGCCGCGGCGCAGGCGGACGAGCUCCUCGACGCGGCGGCGGGGGCGGCACGGCGCGCCCAGGAGGCGGCGCAGGCGGCGCAAGCGGCGUUGGAGAAGGCGCAGGCUGCUGCCGCGCUGGCCGAGGGCGAGGAGCUGCCGGAGGAGGAGCCGGAAGAGGGCGCCGAGGCUGGCGAGGACGUGCAGCCGCGGGCGGAGUCGCCCGGCGGCGGGGACGCGGCGGAGGCGCCAGCGGAGCCCACGCGCGGCGCGGUGGCGCAGGAGAGCGCCAAGGCGCUGUGGGCGCGGUGGAACGAGGCGGAGUCGACGUACCUGCGCGCGCUCGAGGCGCUUCUCGGCGAGGUGCGCGUGGACCGCGCCAAGGCGAUGCGGCACGUGGUCAUCUCGAAGCGGCAGGCGCUGCAGAUGCUCACCGCGGACGAUGGGCGGCAGGCGCACGUCGACGCGUUCCUGAAGGAGCUCAAGGAGCGCGAGCAGACGAUGUUCCGCGACACGCUGGCGCGCAACGAGGUCCUCGAGCAGGCCGACGCGCUCCGAGACAAGAUUUGGGACAUGUGCGACGCGCGGCUGGCCGAGCUGGACAAGUACCGGAAGCAGCUGAGCCAGGACCCCGCGAUCACGAAUCUGGCGAACGCUGGGUACGAGAAGCACGGGCGGCUGCUCGCGCUCGAGAUGGAGCGGCUCGGGAGCGCGGCGGCGGUGGCGGUGGCCGCGUCCUGCGAGGCGUGGGGCGUGCACCCGCCGGGCGCGGCCGACCAAGCGGCGCAGCCCGUGCCUCCGGCGCCGGACGUCACGAAGCCCGCGCCGUCCGAGCUCGCGGCGCUCGCGCGCGCCGUCAACGCCGCGGACGUGCCGGGUCUGACUGAGGCCGAGAAGGCGGGCGCGAACUCCCCCCUCGGGCAGCUCGCGGCGGCGAUCCGGACGUCGCUCGCGUACACGAAUGCGCUUGCGGCGUACGAUCCCGUCGCGGCCCCCGCGGGCGGCAAGGGCGGCGGGAAGGCCAAGGGGGGGGGUGAGGCUGAGUCAGUCAGCCCGCUCGAGCACGCCCGGCGCGCGCAGUGCUCCGCGGAGGUGGCCGCGGUGCUCGCGCCGGAGCUCGAGGCCACGCGCGACCGCGUCAUUUCCAUCUGGGAGCGCGCCCAGGGCCACGCGAAGGAGAUGGGGGAGUCGUGGCGCCGCACGCAGGAACGCCUCGAGGCCUGGGGCAAGGAGCGCUACACGCGCGAGUGCAAGGCCGUCUCCACCGCCGUCACGGCCGUCGCGCAGGCGGUCCAGUCGAAGCACCCCGUGCCCACCUCGCUCGUCCUGGACGGCCCCUCGCUGCACUUGGAGGCCCUGAAGCUCACGUCCAUCCAACAGGCGCUCGCGGAGCUCGCGGAGCUCGCGCCGGUCGGCAUGGCGCCCGCGCAGGACGUGGCGCUCGCGCUGCACCGCGCGCUGCACGGCCAGCACCCCGGCCCGCUCGGCAGCUGCACGGUGGAGGAGAUGACCGAGGCGCUGACGGCGCUGGAUCACGCGGGGUGCAACGGCGUGGACUGGCGCGAGGCGGUGAUCGAGGUGCUGCUGGAGGCGUACCCGGCGCUGGCGUCGCUGUCGCCGGCGCUCGUCGCGCAGACGGUGUCGGCGAUGGAGCAGGCGGCAGUGGGCGGCGACGCAGGCGCGAGCCUGCUCGCGCGCGAGACGUGGUCCGCCACGCCGCUGUGGUGGGAGCGCCCGCUCGACGAGCUCGAGACCGCGGCGAUGCAGGUGCGCGGCCAGAAGCCCGGCAAGCUCCCGGCGCCGAAGCGUUCGGGCCGCAAGUGCACCACCACGCAGACCGAGUCGCUCGCGGCAGCCACGGAGGCCACCGAGGGCGGCGGCGCGGCGCUCAAGGAGGUCCUCUUCGACCUCCUCGGCGAGACGGCCGCGGACGGCGAGCUCGUCGUCCCCGUCCUGGAGGGCCUGUUGCAGCUUCUCAAGGACCUGGACCCUGACGUGGGCCUGCGCAAGGCGUGGGCGUGCGUCACGGGGAACGAGGCGGGCGGCGCGAUCGGCGCGGACCUCCUGCACACGCUCGUCGCGCCCGUGCGCGACGCCGGGUUCUACAACGGCAUGCCGUCGGUGGGCGACGUGGAGAAGCACCUGCGGGACAUUCAGGAGGCGGAGCUGGCGGCCGCGGAGCAGGAGGGCGAGGACGGGGACGAUGAGGAGGACGAGGAGGAGGAGGAGGAGGAGCUGCCGCCGCCGACGAUUGAGCUGGAGGCGUUGUUGAGCGGGGAGAGCAAGGCGCACGAGGCGCUGAGGGCGCCGCUGGCGCGGUACGGCGUGGUCGGCCUCGCGGACCGCGUGCGGGCGAUCCAGGAGAGGGCCGCGGAGGCGGCGAGCACGAGCAGGGGCCCGUCGCAGGCGGGGAGCCGGGCGCCGAGCAACCGCAGCGAGUUUGAGUAG